AUGGAUCAACCUCAUGGAGUCUUCCCUACAGAGGCGAUAUUGGAAGCAAUCCUCCUCCAGACCGAGAUCCGUACGUUACUGACAUCUGCAACACGGGUAUGUCGCUCCUGGCACGGUAUCAUACAGGGCUCUGCCAGUCUCCAAGCCGCUUUUUUUCUGAAGCCAGCCGAAGAGCCAGCAUUCUUUCUCAAGCCUUCCGAGAACGGAGUCCGGUGGAGCUAUUGUAACCACAAAAGUAUCCGCAAUCUGUUUAUCGAGACAGACAUAUGGCCUGACUUCUUCCGAAAGCGCCUCCACAAUCCAUCGGAUAGAGCCUGGCAGAUACAGGAGGAGUUUCCUCUCAUUGAUCCUGGCAAAGAGAAGGCAUACCUCCGAGAGGAGGCUAGCUGGAGGCACAUGCUUCUCCGUCAACCCACCUCCCAUCUAGCCCUCAUUGAAGAGCGUGCCUAUGCACCCUGUCCGGUAGUGUCACAGAUUCCAUUUUACGUCAAUAAUGGUCAGUUCAAGGCUGUCGAUGAUUUUAUCCGCUUAGGGCACCUGGGUGAUGGAGUUGGCCACGGCGACUUGAUACCAGGCCGAGACAUGCUGUUGUUUUAUGAUAAGGAUGGAAGGCUUACAGAUAGAGAGCUCAAGUAUGCCAAGCACAGGGCUGUGGCAAUAUCUUACUGGCUGACCCAGUGUGACGCCGUAAUUUUCUGCUGUCUGUCCAACUUUUGUGAGCCGCGUCCUUUUGAGGGUCUUGGGUGCCUCACCUUUGUUGACAACUUUCUAGAAGAUCUCGGCCGCGGGGCGCAAGUUCGGCGCCACCGUCGUGUGGCAGCUUGA